AUGUGCUACAAGACCAUCACCAAGCAGCUUGCCAUUACUCUUCUCCCUCCCCUCUCCGUGAGGUUUGUGACGCCAGAGGAGAAGAAGAAGCAGGGCAUCCAGCGGGACAACGAGGUGCUGCUCCAGAGACGCAAGGACCAGAUCCAGCCCGGGGGGGCCACGCUCAGCGUCACCGUGCCCUACAGGGUGAUCGACCAGCCCCUCAAACUAGCUCCGCAGGACUGGGAUCGCGUGGUGGCCGUUUUCGUGCAAGGUCCUGCCUGGCAGUUCAAGGGCUGGCCUUGGCUGCUACCUGACGGAUCUCCUGUGGACAUUUUCGCUAAAAUCCGAGCCUUCCAUCUGAAGUAUGACGAGCAGAAGAUGGACCCCAAUGUGCAGAAGUGGGACGUGACCGUGCUGGAGCUGAGCCACCACAAGCGCCAUCUCGACCGGCCCAUGUUCCUGAAGUUCUGGGAGACCCUCGACAGAUACAUGGUGAAACACAAGUCGCACCUGAGGUUCUGAGCCUGGACCGUGGCCUCCUUCCUCCACAGGUCCCGUCAAGGCAUUUAUAAACUCCCGCCCCAAACCUAGCCUUCCUCCUCCCCACCAGGACUACCACUAGAAGAGAAAGGAGACACACGGGCCCACAACACCCCCCACCAGCACUUUGGGGACCCAGAAUAGACCCGCGUGUUCAGAUAGUCAUUCAGGAAAAUACUUUCUACCCGGUCUUCAUGGUUUUCAUAGAUAGAAGCAGCAGAUACAGUAUGUCUGGACAUUGGGAAGGGGAGGUUGGAGCUUCCUAUGUUUUUCAAGUUCCUAUGUACAAUAUACCAAAACUAUAUAUUUUCUAACAGUAUAGCGUUUUACUGUGGAGACAGAUUGAAGAGCGAGAGAUGGAGAGAGAGCGGAAGGGGGGUGGAUAGAUGGAGGUGGGGAAAACAACUUCCCAUACUAUUUCCUUUGUGAAAUGGAUCUUGUAAAUUCCAUGUGAAACAUGAGCUGGAUAAGAAGCCCUUUGGAAAUCUGGUGGUACAAAUAAAAAUCACUGCUGGCAAUAAGGGAUACGAGACCUCUUUGUCAGUUUAAUUUUCCGAUGUUUUUACUUCCUUGCGAUAGGAACAUUUAUGUCUCUACUUUUUUACUAAAUGCUUCCGAAAUGGCACCCUAUUUCCUAAAUAGUGCACUACAGUGCUCUAUGAAGGGAAUAGAGUGCCAUUUGGGACAGAAUCCUGUUUUGAAAGCGCAUAGGUGUGCAGUCUUAUAGCCAAGGUGCAUCUGAGCGACGUUCCAUGCAUCCAAAUGUAUAUAUGAUGAUAUAUGAGCCAGACUUUGAAGAUCAAAGAAGCUAGGUAUCUUAUUCUUGAUGCAUAACAAAGCUAAUGAUUCAGCAUAGAUGGGUUCAAAUGUUCCAGACAUUAAAUUCCAAUAUUUGAGCCUUUUUUUGUAAAAAAAAUGUUGCAACUACACACCACUUUGGUCACUACAUGACGAUGUAAAGAUGUUUAGUUAUUUUUAGUUGGUGUUGUGCAAAUUUAAGGAAUGAUGGACAUUGCUUUAUUUGAUGUGUUCACAAUGCAAAUGGUUAAUAAAAUUUGGUAGACGGAAAGUGUA